AUGGAUCAAUUCAUCGGCAAGAAGUACAAAAUGAUCUCUUCGGAGAACUUCGACGACUUCAUGAAGAAUAUCGGUGUCGGACUGAUCACCCGCAAAGCUGCCAAUGCAGUCACUCCCACAGUGGAGCUCCGCAAAGAAGGAGACACCUACAACCUGGUGACAUCAUCCACCUUCAAAACUACGGAGAUGAAGUUCAAGGAAGGUGAAGAAUUCGAUGAGGAGAGAGCUGAUGGAGCGAAGGUGAAGUCAGUGUGCACCUUCGACGGCUGCACUUUAAAGCAGGUGCAGAAGGCCGCCGACGGUUUGGAAGUGACCUACAUCCGUGAGUUUGGUCCUGAGGAGAUGAAGGCUGUAAUGACCGCAAAAGACGUGACCUGCACCAGGGUGUACAAGGUCCAGUAA